AUGACAAAUCAUAAUGAUUUGAAUUCAUUAUUAUUACAAUUACAAGAACUCGAAAAAUCGAAAGAUUAUUUAAGUAUUGGUAAUACAUUAGAUCGUCGUUUUGAUUUAAUUAUUAAUAAUAUUAUUAGAAAAUGGAUAUCAAAUGAUAGAUUAACAAAUGAUGAAAGAAAAUUUAUUGAUCUAUAUUCAAAUCUUCAAUUAUCUUUUGUUGAAUAUUGUGUUUUUGAUUUACAAUCAACAAUAAAUAAUGAAAAUAUUAUUGAAUUAUUUCGUACAUGUUUAUUUCGAACAAAACAAAUUGAUGAUUUAAAACAAGCUGUUAUAUUUAUUCGUGAUGAACAAUUAUCUAAUGAUAAUACAAAUGAAGAAGAUGAAAUGUUGAUUUAUCUUAUGCGUAUGCUUGAUGCACGAUCAUUUACAUAUCGAUUAUGUUUUAAGGAUCUUAAUCCACCUCCAAGAAAUCUUAAUAAUGAACUUAAUCUAUGUCUUAUUCAUCGUCAUGCCAAAAAUUAUUUAUAUGAUAUGAAAUUCAAUAAAAAUAUGCAUGUAAGUUAUCGUCAUACAUUUUUUAUUGGAUGUUGUACAUUUGCUGUUGCAUUAUUUGAUGAAAAUAGAGGAAUUUUAAAAAAUGAUGAUAAAAAAAAAUAUAUUUAUUUACUUGCAAAAUAUGUUCGAAUAGUGUUAAGUGAAAAAAAUUUUGAACAAAAUAAAUCAUUUCUUUAUUGUCUUCGUGGUAUUCUUGCUAUACUUACCAAUUGUGUACCAACAGAAAAUUGGAUUCAUAUUAUUAAUAGAGCAUUAGGAAAUAAAAAUGAUGAUGAUGCACAACUAGCAAAUCCAUUUAAUAUUAAUCUAUUUUCUUUAAUAACUUUUCGAUUAUUAGGAUCAAAUAUUAUUCGAGAUGAAGCGAUACAAUCUAAUUCAAAUGAUAUUACUUCAUUAGUUGAUGUAGCACUGAUAUUUCUUAAUAAAUGGUAUGAUACAUCAAGAGAUCUGAAUGAUGAUGAUGAUGAAAAUAUUAAUGAUUGUUUAUCAUUAAAUGAACCCAAUCAAGUUCUUCGUUUAUUGCGUUCGAAUAAACGUUCAGAUGAAAAUUUAAAUGCAUCUCAAAUAAUAAUUCCUUAUAUUGAUGCAAAAUAUGAACGUGUUCGUUUAAUGGCUGUGUCAACAUUAUCAAGUCUAAUGAGUUUUCAAGAUUUUAAAGAUUUACAAAAGGAAAACCCGCAUAUGGCUCAAGAUAUAGUAAAACUUAUAUUUGAUUUUAUUGAUCGAGCAGUUGCUGAAGGAAGUAUUCAAUAUAAAGGAAUAUCAUUUGAACUACUUCUUCUUUAUUUACUUCGAUUUCUUACUCAAGAUUUUUUUAAAAAACAAACACUUCCAUACAUAUCCAAAAUAGUUACUUACGCAGAACAGCAUCAUUUAUAUGCACUUAAAAUUCUUUGUAAAAUUUCUUCAUCACCAGAUAUGAAACAAGAUUUAAAAAAUAAUUUCGAAUUAAACGAAUUUUUAACAACAAAAGCUAAUUUUUUAUUUGGUACUGAUCCAAGGAUGAAAAAAAUUAUCGAACAAAUUCGUCAAAAUCUUGUAUCAGAGCAAGAAAAAGAGCUUCCAAUAUCAAUUAAUAGAAAUAGUCGACAAGCAUUUAUUUCCUAUUGUCAUCGUGAUACACGUCAAUGUGAUGAAUUUGUUCAAGCAUUAGAAAAAGCGAAUCUUUUUACAAAUAUUUGGGUUGAUAGAAAUUGUAUGAAAGAUAAUAUGGUUGAUACAAUAACAAGUGGUAUUCGUCAAUCAAAAGUUGUUUUUGUUCUUCUUAGUAAUGCAUAUUGUGCAUCAUAUUUUUGUCGAAGGGAAUGGGAAUUUGCUAUUAAUAAAAAAAUUAAAAUUUAUCCUGUUUUUGUUCAAGAAGAUUUUAAAAAAGAAGCUCCUGAUUGGGCUCUAUUCAAUAUUGGUUUAAAUCAUUAUUAUAAAAUUUAUAAACAUGAUGAUUUAGAACGUUUAAUUAAAACUUUAUGUAGUGAUAAUCAUGAAUAA